UCAAAUAAUAUAUAUAAUAAAAAAAUUAAUUAAAUUUGUUUUUGUUAAUAUCUUAUUAUAUAUAUUUUUAACUAUGAGAUAAAUUAACACAUGUCACAAUCUUAUAUAUAUAAUUAUUAUGUAUCGCGAUCAUGUUAAUUAACAACUUUGAAGAACCAAACUUUAUAUAAUAAAAUUAGAUUUGGACCCGUGCGUUCCAACAGACUUUAUUUGAUAUUUUAAUUUAAUUAAAAAUAUUAAAAAUCAUUUUUUUAUUAUUUUAAAUUAUUUUUGCAUAUGUAUUGUGAAAUUUAUUUUAUAGUUAAAAACUCGUUUUCACACAUAAGUUUCAGUUAAUAUUUGUUAGAGCUAGAAAAAACAUCCAAACAUAAAAAUUUAAACCGGAUCCAACCCGGAAUAAUAAUUAUAAUGAAAUAAAAAGGAAUUUGGAAUUUAAAUAAGACCAAGAAGCAAUGACAACAUUAUACACUUUCUUAUAUACUAAUUUAAUAUUUUAUUAAACUUAUCUGAUAUUAAAUAAUUUUCCUUAUUCAUUAUUUAUUAAUGAUAUAUUUUCAUAAUAACAUUUUAAUUAAAAUGAAUUAUAAACUACUACAUAGUAAAAAUAAAAAUAUGUAAUAAGAUAACGAUGAAGAUUGAUUUGUUUUUGACUAAACAUACGUACGGUGACAAUAAUAAUAAUCAAUUUUUUAUGAGCAAACAUGAAAAUAUAUAUAUAUCAAACAUAUGUUUGAUUUUCGUAUAACCAAACACAUAAAAUACCAAUCACGACAACAUCCUAAGUUUUUUUUUUGUUAAUUUAAUAGCUUUAGCAUCAUACUUGUCAUCAAAUUCUCUUUUUAAUACUAUUAAAUAGGUAUGUUUAUUUUUGUUAGAAUUUUUUUUAAAAAGAAAAAAAUUAUAUUUUAUAAAUUUCGUUUUAAUUUACAAUUAAAAAAAAAGAAAAACAAUGAAAUACUUUUUUAUAUUUUUGUUUAGGAUUUCAGAAAAAGAAAAAUAUUUUCAUAUAAACUUUUACAAUUAUCUUCUGUUUAGAAUUUCAGAAAAAUAUUAUUGCUAUCAAUUAAUUCUAGUUACUAUUAAAUAAUUUUUAAACUAUGAUUUUUACAGUUCAUAUCACUACUGUCACAAUAUUAUAAGGAAAAUUAUAUCAAAUAUUUUUUUGCAAUUAUCUUUGGAUUAAGAUUUAAAAAAAAAGGAAAAUUACUAUUAAAUAGUAUUCUAAUUAUUUUCUAAUAAAUUCAUUUUUGUUAAUAUGUUAAUAUAUAUAUUUUUAAUUAUGAGAUAGAUUAACACAUGUCACAAUCUUAAAAUAUAUAAUUUCUAUGUGUCGCGAUCAUGUUAAUUAGCAAUUUUAAAGAACCAAGUUUUAUAUAAUUAGAUUUAGGCCAAACUAAGAUCCAAUCACAAAGCAUGCAUGGUCCAAUGCCCUCUUUUUUUUCUUUUUUUUUAGAGACAAUGUGUGGAAUAUCCCCAAUUAAGAUCUAAAUUUGCUGAAUGUCCAUAAUUAUGAAUAACCCAAAAAUGAGUAACCUUUUGACACUGUGCGGACGAAAAUGCCCUUAUGCUUUGUCGAAAACAAGUAACUCUAGAUCUAUUAGCUAAAUAUUUACAUAGCAGGUAACAAUCUACAUACCAACUAACAUAUCCGCUAAUAAUUUCAGUAUCAUCUAACAAUCUAUGUAUCAAACAAAUGUAUCGACUAACAAAUCAUAUAUCAGUUAAUAAACCUAUUAACAAUUAAUUAGUUAUCUAUUAAAUAGCUCCAAAUCUAUUUGUAACAGCUAACACUUCGUGUAUCGAUUAAGAAUCCAUUAAAAUCUAAAUAAUAGCAGUUAAGUAAUAAAAUAUCUACUAACGUAUAUAUUAUCUAAAAUUUGAUUGUGAUUCGAAAUUGGAAACAUUAGAAUUAAGGUGAGAUAAUAAGAUUAGCAUUAUGGGCGUCAAAAGAAUGAGAAUAAAAAAAAUAAAGAUUUGAAGAAUUUGAAGUAGAAGUAGAAUUUGAGAUAAUAAGGUUUAUUAACUGAUAUAUGAUUUGUUAGUCGAUACAUUUGUUUGAUACAUUAUGGUUCUAAUCUAAUAUGAUGACAAAUUAUCCUUUUUGAUAUUCAAAUCCUAUUUAGUAAGGUAGAAGUAGAACCAUUAAUAAACCCUUCAUACCACGUGGUAGAAGAGCUUUCACAAGUUAUUAGUGAUUUGUAGAAGAGCUAUUGGUAUUGUUCCUACUUCGUAACAAAUUAUUAUAGCUAGUUGGACAAUUAAAAAUUAAAAGUAAGUGUUAAAGUUAUAUUGUACUUUCUAUUCAUUUCCAAACUAAAACUGUUCUCUUUUUUGUUUUAACGCUGAUUUAUUACGAUCUUACAAUUAUGAUAUAGGAAAUAUUACAUAGACGAUUCGACAACCGACAAUACUACCUACCUUAUGAAGACCUACGCCUAACUGCAUCACCUGAGCCGUCCUAUGAAGUUUCACGUCUGGCCAGAUUUACUUGCACCAUGUUGAAGAUCCCUUACAAGUCUUUCCUCUGUAGUCUGCAUAAUUGUUUAAUAAACUGAUCUCUCCGGGACUUGAAACCUGGAUUUCCUGUAAUCUGCAAUAAAUUACAUAGUCUGGGAUUCGAACUCCAGACCUGGGUGUAGAAGCCUUUAAACCUUAACCAAUAGGCUACGGUGCUUCCACAACUAAAACUGUUCAGUCCCACGAUCCGACACUACAAAGAUACUCCACUAAUUAAUACAGAAAUUACGAGACAUUAAACUUUAUAAUAGCAAAGUAGGAAUUAAUCCUAUAUCGUUUAACCAUCAUUAGCUUACCAAAAAGUCUACAGCAUCCUCUCAAAUUUAUGUAAUCAAAGUGAAAUUAUACCAAUCUUUUGCUAGCUUGGGGUCUGAUCUCUCGGAGUCCUCCUCUAUCGAUGCCCCGGGGCCGUUGCCAGCCGCCUCUGUUGAAGCCAGGAGCCACCCCCGGUGAGUAUUCGUCUGAACUGUCCUCUGUUGAUAUUCUCUUGAUUUAUCUCGGUGAUUGAGAAGCGGUUUGAAGGAGAAAUUUAAUGUUGUCUUUUAGUCUAGUUUUUCGUAUUAAUUUCAAUGCUUGACUCUAUUGAAUUAGCUUUGAAAUUAAUUUUUAGUUUUUAGGAGCUUUUAAAAAAAAAAAUUUUGCAGUCCUUAAGAACAGAAUUGCUUCAUAGCAGAUUCUAGUUCAAUCAUUUUGUAACCAAAACCUCAUUUUAGUAGCGACAUUUACUUUCUUAAAAAAAACUUUUGCUUAUUACAAAAAUAUAAAAGGAGAAUGUUGGCCACCGGGGGACGGGUUGGAAAAGAUGUUCUCUCUCUCAAUCUUUCAGAGAAAGAACAUCGUCGAUUCUUUGAUGGUCGGUGUCUCUUCCGGCCUUUCUCCCACUCGUCGGACUUUGCUUCCGGGAAUCGGUCGCUCCUUUAGGACUGGCUUUGCCGGCUUCUCUCUCGUUUCUCACCCUCUUCUGUGGUGUUAUCGGAGAGCUUGAACCUGGAUCUCUCGGCUCCUCUUCCCCUGACCUCCGCGUCACUAAGUCCUCUUUGGCUCGAUUGACUCUCCAAGUCUCCAACUAAGGAUCAGAUUGUUUUCUCCUCCCCUAGAUUAGGGUUGAUUCACCUUCUCUCUUCUCUAAAUCUUUAAAGGUGACACAUGAUUAGGUAGGUGAAUCUGAUCUUUUAGAUAGAUCAAAGGCUUUAGAUUCUUCAUUAUCAAAGUGGAGGUCUAUUAGUUUUGAUGUCAGCUUGAUUUUCUUCAUAACGGUUGCUCUUCGUUGAGCUUUCUCUUUUCGUUGUUGGACCCUUUCGUCUUCUGGUGAACAAAUUAUGAUGAUGUGUUGAUGCGGUGGAUCGUCUCUUUAGACACGUGUUCUUCUUCGGCUUUUCGUCUUAAACGUGUUUCAAGCUUGUCAUCGCUAAGGCCAGUGUGCCUUCAAACCUUUUUGGCCGUAUGUGGGCCUCGCCUAUAAAUUAUGUUUAUCUUUAAACUGGGCCAACUGUUUAAGCUGCUUCUCUUGUUGCUGGUCUUUCAUGUUUGGUCUUUUUAUCUUUAUGUUUGUCCGCCCUAUCUUUUGUGUCUCUUUGCAAAUUAUUUCCUUGUUUAAUAAUGUACCAGUUGACAAAAAAACGUUGGCCAGAGCCGUGCUUACUAUGUUCCUAAAGAGGCAAUUGCCUCAGGCCCCAUCAUAUUAAUCAAAUUCAAGGGCCCCCUUUUUCCAAAUUUUAGGACUUCAUUACUCAAAUUAAUGGGUUAAUUUGCUUAAAUAUCUGUGAAUUAUUACAAUUUGAGCUAUAUCAAGGAACUUACAAUAAAAUUACAUGAGUUAUUAUUGGUUAUGAUUUUCAUGACUUGUUUCUUUUGCUGGUUUUCUGUAAUGUUUUAGAUAUAAUUUUAAUUUAUUUUCAUAAUCUUAUAAGGUAUUUAAUUUAUCACAUGAUUUUUAUUCUCUUAUAAGUUUCUAACUUUUAAAACUUUAUUUGGCAAAAUAAUUCAUCAGAUAUUUACAAAAUUUCAAUAGCAUAUUUUUUAAUAUUGAAUGUUUAAUAUCUUAUUAACUUAUAUAAUUUUAUAAAGAAUAAAACUUAUAUAUAGUUUUUCAUAACAAUUGCUAAAUACUAUAUACGAUUAAUAUCAUCUAUAUAAAUUUUAUAAUAAUAAUUUUUACAGUUUUACAUAGUAGUUAUGAUACAUAGCUUAUUUUAAGUUUUGCCUUAGGCCCCUAGAAAGCUAGGCACGGCACUAGCCACCGGAAGUGCUUUCGAAUCACUGAAUAAAUUCAAGAUACUUGCGUAUUAUCCGGUGUGCAUAUAGAACUCACCUCGGAUCAUGCCACCGGAAGUGCUUUCGAAUCACUGAAUAAAUUCAAGAUACUUGCGUAUUAUCCGGUGUGCAUAUAGAACUCACCUCGGAUCAUGCCACCGGAAGUGCUUUCGAAUCACUUAAUAAAUUCAAGAUACUUGCGUAUUAUCCGGUGUGCAUAUAGAACUCACCUCGGAUCAUGUGUCUACUUAGAUUAUUUUGGCAUAUGUUUUAUUUAUGCUAUUACCUGGUUACUUCACCUAAUUAGGUCAAUACGAAUUAGUGUUGCGUACCACUAGACUACAGUUUGGCUUAAACUCAAAGAUGUCAAAGCGGGCUAAUUAGAAAGACUUAAAUUAUUGAUAGAUUAACCCUAAUCGGUCUUGUCUUGUGACUAUAUAUACUCGGAUAUAGUCCGCUGUUUAAUGUGUAAAGAUGUUCCAAAUCAAAGUUACGUACUAGGUUUCUCAUUUGCUCUUUACUUAUGAGAUAUUUGUUUGGCGUUUUCGAAACACCACCAACCCUUCCUUAUUCAAGACAUGCAUAUAUAUAUAGGUUAAAAAUAAAGUAAUAUAUAUAGAGAGAGAGAUAUUAGUAUUACCAUUGAAGUAUCUAGUUCUCAUACCAAAUUCUUAAAACUAGAUUGAAUAUCUUUGACCUUAAAUCUCAAAAAGUUCGACGUUUAGAGCAUUUUCAGUCUCACUUUGUUUUUUAUUCUUAACCGGAAUGUAAUAGAGUAUGGAGAAAGAAAUUCUCCAACUCAAUUUCAUAUUUCACUCCAUAAUGAAGUUUAUUCCAUAAAUAGAAUAAUCUAAUUUUUAUUUGUUCAUUACUCCGUUUAUGAAAUUAGAUAUGGAAUCCGAUUGUAGUAAUUUUUCUCUAUUUUUUUAUUCUAUUUUGAGAAAAAAAAAUGAAAUUUUACAUUGGAGAUGUUCUUAAUGACUUACGGAAAAGUGAGCACACCUAUUAUAUUGAACCAGUGCGAGAGGGAAAUGGAUAAUUAUAUCUUAAUUACAAACGAUCAACAUAUUUGAAAGACAACCGUACCAGAGCUGAAAUUAACUAGAAAGAGGUUACUGAAACAAUUAUGAAGCAACACAAACGUACCAGAGUUAGUACUACAAAGAGGUUAGAACAUACAUACAUACAAUGAGAAAAGUUUAUAUAUGAAAUACGAAAUUUCACGACCAAGGAAAAGUAAGUGAGGGUCGACUAUUCACAUUUUUGACGGUCUAAUAAAGACACAAAAAUAAUUAAAUAUAGUAACGAAUUUUUAUGUUCAACCAAUAUGGAUAAACAAAUGAGAUAUACAGAGUUUCUCUCGGUCACAGAACUUAAAUCGUAUUAUCUUCCAAUAAGCAUGAUGCAAAAAUAUACAGUAAAGUAAAUAUGAUUCAUCUUGUAACAAACAAAUUCUUAAGCCUUGCUUGAGAAGGUGUCAAAUUGGAAACUGUAAAAAGGGUUAUCUUACUACUUUGUCUUUUUCGGGCAGGAGGACCCUUUUACAUUUUUUUUUUUUGAGCAAAUCCUUUUACAUAUGUUUAUAUCCCCAUAUAGAUGUACUUUAGUCAAGGAAAUGAAAAGGAGAAACUAAUGAUGACAAUAUGUCCAAAUUAUUAAGCACUCAUUGCUCAACAAAAUGCCUGAAUAUUUACAAUAUCUAGGCCUAAUUUUAGGUCGGACAAUGUGGUUUUUAUGACUCCAGCUCAUUGACACUUCUUCUAGGCGUAAUAAUUCUCUCGUUAUUAUAUAAAAUGUGAUGAUAAAUAGCAUUUUGAUACUCAGUUAUAGUACUGGAAUCUAAACAAGUAAUUUAAUCGUAAAGUGAAAACAAAACAAAAAGUUUAGUUACAUGUAUUUACAUAAUUAACACAUCCAGUCAGUUAAAAGUGCCAUCAUGAUUCUGUUAAAAAGAUUAUACUUGGUUCUUGGGAAACAUAAAUUUCCACGUUUCUUUUUGGUUAAUCAUUCAUUCCAUAGAAGAAAUAAAAAUCAUUUUGAAAUAUUUGUGUAAAACCAAACUUCUAGACAAAUAAUAAUCAAAUAAAAAAAAGCGGCCGGUAGCUCUACUAAGAACAUCCACAAUGCUGAUACUCUUGGCUCUAUAACCAAGGUAAGUUUUUUAAAUUAUUUUAUUAUUUUUAUUUUAUUUUUUAGCUAAAAAAAAAAUAAAAAGGAAGGAGCCAAUCGCGGGAUUCCACGUGGCAGAUGGGAUCCGCGCACAGUAACAAAUCUGAUCCUUAGCUAAGGAUUAAUUUGGCACAAACUCUUAAAUUUAAUGGGCCCCACAUAUUAUUAUAAUACUUUUUUGUUAAGGAUUUUUUGCUAAGGAUCCCCAUUGGACAUGCUCUAAGAGCAUCUCCAAUGUACAUCUCUAUAUUUUCCUCUAAAAUAGAGAUCUCUAUUAUAGAGGUGGAUUUGCUCCAAUGAAUGCCUCUAUAAUAGAGUUCCUAUAUUUUAGAGGAAAAUAUAGAGGAAUCUUACUUUUUACCUCUAUAUUUAGAGAUGAAAAUAGCAAAUCUUUAUAUUUUCCCCUAUAAAUAGAGGAACUCUAUUAUAGAGGCAUACAUUGGAGCAAAUCCACCUCUAUAAUAGAGAUUCUCUAUUUUAGAAAAAAAUAUAGAUAUAAAAAUAGAGGUGGGUUGGAGAUGGUCUAAGCGAAGAACCGGGUUCCUGCCUUUUAUCGAUUUAAGUUUGUUAUGGUUAUUGCAUUUUCACCUGAAACCAUUUAUUUUUACUGAAUUUUUGAAAUUAUAGUACAAUGUAGGCAAAUUCAGAAUAAAUCGUUAAUUAUAUUACCACUAGCUUUGUUAACUUGAAAUUUUUGAAAUUCCCGAUCCACAAUCCAGAAUAAAUCGUUAGUUUUAUUACCACUAACUUUGUUAACUAAAAUUUAUGAAAUUCCCGAACUAAAAUAUCCCAAAUUUUAUAUUAAUAUAAAACAGUGUCGGCCGUCGAAGUAACUUACGAAACUUGGGAGCCAGAGACGUCCAUCCAAAUUGAAAGAAAACAGUUCAUGAUUUUCUUUUCUCAAAGAAUAUUUUUUUUUGUCCUCUCUCAAAGAAUAUUAGUUAUUUAGUUUUCUCGAUAAGAUUUUAACUCUUUCGACAAAGCAAUCAAAAUCAACUUUUCUGAUUUAACAUUAAACAAAUAUGACCAAUGGAUCUCUACCCGUAUUACACUUUUUGCAUAUGCGAACAACUAGAGACUAAUCUAAUUACCAUCACCAUAAAGAAUAAACUUAGUUUAAUAUAUCUCUUCUCUCUUUAUUUUUUCUACGUGAGAAAGAAGUUUAACUAAAGUAACUAAAGACAUACGAAAAGAAAAAAAAGAUAACAAACUAUUAAAAUCCAUAAAGACAGACACGGCUCAAAUAAAAUUUGUAUAAUGAAAAAAAAACUGUAUAAUGCAGCUGUUAUCAUUACACUAAUUAAAUAUUGUUUUGCUUUAAUGUGAAUUUAUAUUCUAAAGUAAUCGCGUCGCUUUUGUUGGUGGUUAGAUCAAUCUUCAGUAUCUGUAUUUACCAGAUAUCUGCUCCAGUUGUCCAACAUGUUAGAUCUUUUUCUUCUGGGUGCAAUCCAACAUGUUAGAUCUACGAGACAUUAAUUGAGCUAUUUAGAAGUGAUAGUUUACAAGUUUAGACAUUUAUAUUUUAAUAAUAAUUUCAAAUCAGUUCCAUAUGUUUCUAUUUUUCAUAUCUAAAACUCUAUCUCAUUCGUAAUAACUCAUAUGUGGAAUUCAGAAUUUUUGGAAUAUAGUUGAUGUAUUUUUAUAUCUUUAACAAAAGUCCAUGAGAAAUCUUUUGGCAUUCAUUAUAAAGUCUUUUAACAUAAAUUGAAGUUCUUAAAUUUAACUUCGGACAUCAUAAUAUUACAUGUAAGAAAUUUAAUUCAGUGUUUUCUAAAAACUCCUAAACAGUUUUGUUUUAUUAAUAAGCAUGUUCGUUUUAAAGCCGCAGCAACUGGCGUCAGCGGCAAUAUACAAAACUACGACGGAAAUAAUUUUCGCGUCAGUCGCCAAGGAUCGAUUAGAAACAAAAAAUCAGAGUUGCCGUUGCUGCUGUUAUUUCUAGCGUCGCAUCUGCCAGUUAUUAUUGGCUGUAGCGACUGAAAAAUGAAAUUUCUUUAUCCGCGACUGUGAUGUAUUUGUGUGAUCGUAGCUGUUAUUUUGAAGACGUUGCCGCUGUAGCUGGCGUUUAUUAAACGAACAGGCCUAAUAACUCUGAUGCUAUCAAACUGUACAGCUAUGUCAUAAUUUUAUAACCACAGCAUAUAAAGAAAUAUAUGAAAUUUCAUUCCUAGAUAGCUUGAAACUACAAUAAUAUUCUCUAGAUCACGUAUAAUUUAUUAUGUUAAAAAUAUGUACAUUUUAAUAUACAUAGUGUUAGUUUUUUUUUCGUUUUCUGGUGGGAGACUCAAACUAGAAGAUCCUUUAUAAAACCAAGAAAAAACAAGUCUUUUUAACGGUUGAGAUCAUAAGUAUCGGACCCAUAGACUUAUUUUUCCUAUAUUGAAACAAAUUUAUAAAAAAAAAACUCCUAUAUGCGUAGUAAAUAUAAUGUUUCCGUUAUAUAUAGACCAUAAGUUUCUUCAUUAAUCCCACUUUAGUUUCUUUAAAUCCCACCCCUCAAAGCAUAAGCCAAACCUCUCUUUCUCAUAUGCAAACACACGACCAGAUGGAGGUAUGUUCAACAGUCACGACCAAGAAGCUCUCAAGCCUCGCGAAACUAAUCCUCUUCACCAUCCAGAAGGUCUCAGACGCCUCACGUCACAAACUCCUCACUACUCUCGAUCCACACCUACUCGCAAAACACGGCAAGACCCUACGCAAGUCUCUGAACGACGUCGUAUCAACUUCCCACUCCCGCAUCACGUGCCGUCCCUCCGACCACGACGACGUACGAUCCUCCUUCAUCUCGCCUGUCCCCAUCCAGCUCCACUACGAGUUCAGCUGCAGCAGCACCCCACCGAGACGUUCCUACGCCUCAACCACCACCGGCUACCACGUCAGCAUAGGACGACGCAAACCGCUUAUCAACAAACGCCAACGCCACGCGUAUAUAAGGUACAACACGCUCCCUAAGGUCCGACACGUGGCGGCGGCCGUGUUUCCUGACGUAGCUAGCAGCACGGGAACCAUGGAUAGCUGCUACGUGGACAGAGCCGCCGAGGAGUUUAUACAGAGGUUCCAUAGACAGCUGAGGUUGCAGAGGUGGAUGAUGGCUCAGGAGGUUUAGAACAUUUGAUUCGUCAGCGUCACUUUCAUUACACCAAAUAUCUUAUCAAGUUAAAAAAAAUAAAAGUAUAUAAUAGGUAACUUUUUUAGUCUCGUUUAAACUCUCUAUAUAAGGUCUUCUUAAUUUUACGUUUUUCCUCUUUUGUUUUCUGUAAUCCAUGAUCGUGUUUAGGAUCUGCGUGGAUGAACCUGUAGGUAAAUCAAUCUUUCGGGAUAGCUCUCUGUGUGUAUAGCAGCGCAUGUAUCUGAAUAUAAUAUAUCGUUUAGUAGUAAAAUAAAUAAAUGAAAAUAUCUUUACAUA